AUGGCAACCAACGGGGACCUCAAUGGGUCGGUCAAUGAGCCACACAAGUCCUUCGACACGAUCCUCGUGCUCGAUUUUGGGUCGCAGUACUCGCAUCUGAUCACUCGGCGACUCAGAGAGAUCAAUGUCUAUUCAGAGAUGCUCCCGUGUACGCAGAAAAUUGCUGAGCUACCAUGGAAGCCAACUGGUGUGAUACUUUCCGGCUCGCCGUGGUCGGUCUACGAUAACGACGCGCCUCACGUCGACCCAGCUGUGUUCGACCUAGGCGUCCCCAUUCUCGGCAUAUGCUAUGGCCUGCAGGAACUGGCUUGGCACCAUGGCAAGAAUGUCGCUGCAGGAGACAAGAAGGAAUAUGGCCACGCCUAUCUCAACAUCGAGCGCCAUUCGGGCAAGAAAGAGCACAUCGAUCGUCUAUUCGAAGGGCUCGGCGAUGAGCUUGAGGUGUGGAUGAGUCAUGGCGACAAGCUGUCCAAGUUGCCAGAUUCCUUUGAGCCGAUCGCGAGUACCAAGAACGCCCCUUUCGCCGGUAUCGCAAGCACAGAUAAGCCGUAUUUUGGCAUUCAAUUCCACCCCGAAGUGACUCACACGCCUCGCGGGAAAGAAGUUAUCAAGAACUUCGCCGUCACCAUCUGCAAGGCCCGCCAAGACUGGAGCAUGGAGGCCUUCGUCGACAAGGAAAUCGAGCGCAUCCGUGCAACUGUUGGACCAAAAGGUCGAGUCAUUGGCGCGGUCAGUGGCGGUGUAGACUCCACUGUAGCUGCAAAAUUGAUGCAGGAGGCUAUUGGUGAUCGAUUCCAUGCUGUCUUGGUCGACAAUGGCGUUCUCAGACUGGACGAGGCCAAGACUGUGGAAAAGACACUGCGGGAGCACCUCAAAAUCAACCUCGAAGUCGUGGAUGCUGUUGACCUGUUCCUGGGCAAGCUGAAGGGCGUCACAGAUCCCGAACGCAAGCGCAAGAUCAUUGGAAACACAUUUAUUGAGAUCUUCCAGGACAAGGCUAAAGCCAUUGCGAAAGCAGCGGAGAACUCUCCAAGUGCCGGAGAGAUCGAAUUCCUCUUGCAGGGCACAUUGUAUCCGGAUGUCAUCGAGAGCAUCUCGUUCAAGGGUCCUUCGGCUACCAUCAAGACCCAUCAUAACGUUGGAGGUCUCCUUGAAGGCAUGCACCUGAAAUUGAUCGAGCCACUGCGGGAGCUGUUUAAGGACGAAGUGCGUGCGCUGGGCACGACUCUCGGCAUACCUGACGAGCUGGUGUGGCGUCAUCCGUUCCCUGGACCUGGCCUUGCCAUUCGCAUCCUUGGUGAAGUCACUCCCGAGCAGCUCAAGAUUGCCCGCGAAGCCGACAAGAUCUUCAUCGAAGAGAUUGUCAGUGCCGGGCUGUAUCGCAACAUCUCACAGGCAUUCGCUGCUCUGCUUCCCGUCAAGGCUGUUGGGGUCAUGGGCGACAAGAGAGUCCACGCACAGGUGAUCGCCCUCCGAGCGGUAGAGACGACUGAUUUCAUGACGGCAGACUGGUAUCCUUUCGACGGCGCAUUCCUCAAGCGUGUCAGCAGACGAAUCGUAAAUGAGGUCGAUGGAGUCUGCCGCGUGGUAUACGACGUCACUAGUAAGCCGCCCGGUACAAUCGAGAUGGAGUGA